CACACACACACACACACACACACCAAGCAAGUGUCUGCUGGCAGACCUCAACACCACACAUCGUCGAUUUUUCAUGGGCAAUAAACACCAACUUUCCUCAACCACCAAACCAAGCAAGACAACGAGGAUGAUGAUGAAGCGAGGUGCCGCGUCUGCCAGCGUUGCGCUGCUUGCCACGAUUGUGGUGUUGCUCUGUGGUCUUGCAGUGGCCCAGCAGUGCGUGACGUGCCCGGACCAAUCCAAGUGCUGUGGCGGGGAGAUUUGCUGCAAGGACGGCAACAGCUACGGAUGCUGCCCUGCUGGCGGAACGUGCUGCAAUGACACUUGCUGCGACAACACCCAAUCCUGCUGCGAGGGAACCUGCUGUGAGAAGCAAACCACCUUCUGCUGCCCGAAGCUCAGCCCCCACCCGGCCCGCUGCUGCCCACGUUGGACCGUGUGCUGCCCUGGCGGCCAGGAUGGCUGCUGUACCCCCUUCGAGGCCCAGGCAUACAUGGCCCAACCGUUCACCAAGAUGCACCUCAAGGAAGACUCAGUCAAGGCCGGAUCCAAGGUGAUCUAUGCGCUCUUUAACGAGGUGUCGACAGUCAAGGCCGUCACCAUCGACGCAGAGACGGGCAAAAUCCUCGCCAACAAGAAGGUUGAGGGCUUCAACAACUGGGGCGAGAUGACGCGCCUGUUUACAUAUGAUGAAUCCCGCAACCUCUUCUACUACAUGGAGGCAAACUUCCUCUCCGACACCCUGCCCCGCCCCCUGUACCUGUACACUGUUGAUCCAGUCACUGGCCAGGCCACCAAGAAGACGGUGCAAGGCGCAAACAACUUCCCCUCUGGCUACACGUACAGCUGCACGCUGGAUGCGAUUGUGCUUGGCACGGAGAAGCUUGAUGGCAGCGGCAACCGUGUUGGCUACCUCUACUACACCGUCGACCCAACAACAGCCGUCGCAACCAAGAAGUCCGAGUCCUCCUUCCAGGGCGAGGACGACUAUGCGGGCUGGUUCCACGCCGUCUCUGUCAACGGCUCUCUUGCGCUCCGCCAGGGAUACAAGAACGUCGUGGAGGAAUCUGUGUCCGGUUUGGGCGUCACGUCCCUCUCUUCCCCAACAACUGCUGUGCAGUGGUACUACACGCAGGCUGCGGCGUCGCACAACUUCUACGAGACGCUGAACCCGAUUGCUGAUGGCGUCUUCCUCUCCCUUGCGCAGCAGUCCGUCGGCAACCACUCCUACGACCUCCUCAAGUGGAGCCCUGGUGGUGUUGGCCGCGUCGUUGCAUCGCUCGGCAACUCGCAUCCCGUUCCGUUCUUCGGCUACGUCGCCUCCCAGCUCAACUGCAAGCGCUCCACCCUCCUGACGGCAACGGUUGAGGCGCAUGCCCCAGCCAUCCUCAACGACAGGUGGGUGAUUGGCGUGUUUGACGUGUCGUCGUCGUCAUUCCGUCAGCUCGACAUUGACCCGAAGCUUCCCGCCGAGGAGACUAGCGUGUCCGGUCUUGGUGUCAUUGUGGACGCGCCAUCCACCUAAACGCACACAUCCACUAAACGCACGCACGCUCGUGUGCAGUCGCCAGCUUCGCUUGCUGAUCUGCGGCGCAAAGCGCGCGCUGCACUGUAUCACUGUGCUUUGUGUGUGUACGCUAGCGCGUGCACAUGUUUGUGUGCCUGAGUUGUCCGUGUUGAAUGUGUAUACACAUAUGUGUUUGUGCACAUGUGUUUGUGCACAUGUGUUUGUGCACGUGUGUGUGUGUGUGUGUGUGUGGUCCUGUGCAUCUGUGGAACGCUGGUGCUUCGUUCGCUUCUACAUCUGCGGGUGCGCACACCGCACGCGUGCGUGUCUUGUGUCGAGUUUUGUUGCAUUGAUGUGAGUGUGACAAUUCGUCAGCUUUACUACCCUCUCCAAGUAUCCAUCCAUUACAACAGCACGACAGCACAA